AUGGCAACUGUACGGGACUAUGUCUUGGGGACUGAUCAGUGGAAUGAAUGGUUGACUUGGAACACCAGACAUAAACCGGGACGUGGCAGAUUCGGAAGCUUUGAGUGGAUGCAAGUUUUGAGCUGGAUAUGCUGGCUACUAUGGAAUGCGCGAUGCAAAUACCUGUUUGAUGGAGCGACUACUACUCACAAGGAUAUAUUGCAGAGAUGCCUUCACCAUUUGAUGGAGUACACCUCACACCAAAAGCUAAAACAUAAAAUCUUUUGCCUGGAUCUAGAAGAGGAAGAAUACUGGACACCACCACCUUCGAACUCAGUGCGGAUAGACGUGGACGGCUCAGUAAAGACGAACUCUCAAGCGGCUUGUGGGGGCACUAUUAGAAACAAUGGAGGGGAAUGGAUAACGGGCUUCACACGCUAUAUUGGAGUAGGAUCUGUGAUUGAGGCGGAGUUAGAAGCAAUAAAAACGGGCUUGGAAAUUGGAAGAGGUCUAGGAUAUGGCAAGAUACAGCUCUACAUAGACUCUAUUGAAGCCUUUAAUAUCCUGAUGAGAGAUGGUAUGAAUGGACACCCCCUACAAAGUCUAGUUAAUGAGGUAAGAGAACUAAUAUAUGCUAACUGGGACGUGGAAAUCUCAUACACUAGCAGGGAGACCAUCAGAUGUGCGGAUUAUAUGGCGAAGAUGGGUCAUCAGACUACGUACCAAACGAUGCUGGUUCCGUCGACUCCUCACUUUUGCAGGCAGAUAAUUGCUGAAGAUGAGAAACACUACUGA